AUUGAAAACAUCCGUUGAAAAUAAUCUCUUGAGAGUCGACUUGUUAUCGCGUGUUAGUUGUCAGAUUUAGAAUAAUUUAGAUCUAGAGUAGAUCCUAGUCUAGAUCUAGAUUGUAGAUCUAAAAUAUCCUAGAUUUAUACCUAAAUUCAUAUAUAUUUUAUAUAUCUGUGUUUGAUAAGAUAAUGGAUGAUGAAACAGGAAUAGCUGGUUCUAUAAAUGAUGAAAAUAGUCACGAAUUUGAAUCAGACAUCGAUGAAGAAGAUCGAGAUGAUGAUGGUGACAACGAUGAAAGCAUGGAUGAAAAUGUUGGCAAGGUCAUUGAUGUAGCAUUUGAAGCAAGACCACCAAAUAGUUCAGAUUUUCAUGGAGUCAAACGUUUGUUACAACAGCUUUUUGUGAGAGACAUUAAUGAAGAGCUGUCUGAACUGACAAAUCUAAUUGUAGCCCAAGAUUUUGUUGGCUGUGUUCUCAAGCAAGACAAUCAGAACAGUGAUGAUGAAGAUGAUAGUGAAGACAGUGAUGAGUCUGAACAGGAUGAAAAUGUUUAUGCAUUAAAUACAGUUGUUAAUAUUUCAGAAAACCAGAAUUUGUCCUGCAUAGAAAAAGUCAGAGAAUUGUUGUCUUCAAAAUGUGAAGUACAUUAUAAAGCUGAGCCUGGAAGAAUUGGGAAACUUUUAGAAGAUCCUACAAAACAAAUAGGUCUAUUAAUCAGUGAAAGGUUCAUCAACAUACCUUCCCAAGUUGCACUGCCUUCAUAUAAAUCUUUACAGAGUGAUAUAGAAAAAGCUAUUCAGAAAAAAAAGAAAUUUAAGUUUACUCACUAUGUGUUAAUCAGUAAAACAUAUAAAGCCAAAGGUGGAGUGAUGCAAGGUGAAAUGUAUUAUUCCAAUCCAGAGGAGCAAUUAUUUAGUGAGCUCUGUGAGUUUAGCUAUACAUACUCUGUGGCAGAUCAGAGAGAUUCAGUCUCUGAAGGAGACUGGGAUGAUGAUGGUGGAGAUUUUGAAUCACUCCGUACUGUUAUGGUUUUUGAUGCUAGCGCUCUAGGACAUAUAAUUAGCAAGUUACAGACUGAAGUUCAAGAUAAAUAAAUCCUUUUCUUAUCAAAAAUAUUUUUAGAGCUAUUUAUGUACAAUAAAAAAUGUGUAAAUAAAUUUUCUUUUUUUUCCUUUA